AAAGUUAAUCUAUUUUUGGUCAAGAAGAGGAAAUGGGAAGAGCAUGUUUGCCGAGAUGGCGUUUAGGAAGACUAAUGGCAGGACUACAAGUCAUCUUGGGGUUACUGGUGAUCACUGUGAGCCUCUCAUGUCUCUACCGAUUCCAUUCCGCUGGUUACUUCUUGCACAACGAAGACGUUUGCAACAAUAUCUACACAAUCAAAGAAGUCAGCAACGAAGGUUUCGACAUAAAGGCGCUGCAUGAUCGCGUUGAUGAAGUACUAGAAAAGAUGGACAACUUGUACGAGAAGCUAGAGAAGACAGUAAAAGAGAUGGAAAAGAGCAAAGACGGAAGCAAAAAGGAGAUGAAGAAGUUUCUUGAAGAUGAAGUGAUGAAGCCAUUUUAUUAUGCUCAUAUCGGAUUACGGCAAAUCCGGUUACCAAAACCCGAAGGAAUCAGAAACUCGACGGAAAAGGAAGAGCCUUUGAUCAAUAAGUUUCUCAUUGAGGAGAUAAGGCAGUACAUUACACCUAAGGAGAAUCGAGUUGGGAAGAUAAACAUGUUUGGAACAGAGAGAGUUUACAACACUAUUGGUCAUGCUUGUGCGUUGAUGAAGAAAGAGCUAGAGAAGUAUAUGGAUUAUGACGUUGGAGCGUAUUGCGAUGAUGAUUGGAACUUAGCACAGAAGCUGAUGCUUAACGGGUGUGAUCCAUUACCUAGAAGACGAUGCUUGACAAGAGCAUCAAUGACUUACCAGAAACCUUAUUCAAUCAACGAGUCUUUGUGGAAGCUUCCUGAUGACAGAAAUGUAAGAUGGGGAAAUUACCAAUGCAGGAAUUUCGCGUGUUUAUCAAGCAAGAACCCGAAAAGGGGUUACACGAAAUGCACUGGAUGUUUUGAAAUGGAGAAAGAGGGUGAUAAAUGGGUCAAGAACAGUACUUUGUUAGUUGAUUUCAUGAUUAAGGAUGUUCUGAGAGUGAAGCCAGGUGGAAUAAGGAUUGGACUGGAUUAUGGUGUUGGGACAGGGACAUUUGCAGCAAGAAUGAGAGAGAAGAAUGUGACUAUUGUCACAACUGCUUUGAAUUUGGGAGCUCCUUUCAAUGAGAUGAUUGCUUUGAGAGGUUUGAUCCCAUUGUACUUAUCUUUGAACCAGAGGCUACCGUUCUUCGACAACACAAUGGAUAUGAUUCACACUACCGGGUUAAUGGAUGGUUGGAUCGAUCUUCUUCUGAUGGAUUUCGUGUUAUAUGAUUGGGACCGAGUGCUGAGACCGGGUGGGUUACUGUGGAUUGAUAGAUUCUUCUGUAAAAAGAUGGAUCUUGAUGAUUAUAUGUACAUGUUCCUGCAAUUUCGGUACAAGAAACACAAGUGGGCUAUUUCACCUAAAUCAAAGGAUGAGGUUUAUCUCUCUGCAUUGCUCGAGAAACCUCCUCGUGCAAUUUAAGGAUUACAUUAUUAAGUUUAAGCUUCAAUGUUUGUAAUUGACAUUCUUACUCAUUUGAUUGGCUAUUCCUUGUUUUAGUUUGAAUACAACAGAGAUUUUCAG